GAGGACGAGUCCCGCGGCGCGCCGGUGACGUAACGGCGAAGGAAUUGGAGGCAGGCAGAGGGGCAGGGAAGGAGCCCGUCAUUCAGUCACUCUGCGUCUGGAGGAUGGAGGAGAAGGAGCAGCUCCGGCGCCAGAUCCGCCUCCUUCAAGGUCUCAUCAACGACCAUAAAAAUGUUCAUGGGAAUGCACCGGUUCCCCCGCCUGCCACUCGCUGGAUGAAUCCCAGACCUGCCUUUACCAACCCAGGUGGAUUCUCGGCUCAAUAUUCCCAGCAAACGCAGAGAGAUUUCCCACCUUGCCAGACCACUGCCAGUGCUUGGAGAAAUAAAUAUUCUCUUGUCAACAUACCUCCACGACCAACACUUUCUUCGGGGAGCAGUGUUUCUGCUAGUGCUUCGCGGACUACUCUCAGCCAUGCCAGCAGUGAGGCACCUGAACCACAGCAGAUGCUUUCUCAAAGAAACCGAGGCCCCAAGGUGGAUAGUGACAUUGUUUGGGUGCAGGGUGCUUUGGCAGCAGGCAGUACUUCUGUCCCAAAGUUCCAGUGGGGUUCUUCAGCAGCAUUAGGGGCCCCUGCUGCUUCUCAAGGGAGUGUAAGCAGCAGUACUUCGUCUUCAAAGGUUGACUCAAAGGAGAGGAAAGAACAGCCAUAUUUAUUGGAUUCCAAAACUAUUGCUAGGAAUAGGGAUGGUGGUGAUGCUCCUACUGUGUCUCAGAAAGCACCUGUGACUGAAAAAGCAGUCCAGGGUGUGUCACAACUUGCCCCCAGCUUGUGUAGGACUAUCAGCGAGAAUGCUGUCACCUUGAAAUCUGAGCCUCAACAGCCUUUAACUGCUUCUGAUCAUGACUCGGGUUACCUGCCAAAGAGGAAGACACCAGCAUCACAGCUACCAUCUCUGCACAGUUCACAACAACUCCCUGCGAUGAAAGGCAAGCUCAACCCAUCUAUUGUAUGUACCAAGUCAGCUUGGGAAGCAUCUUCAAUGGUUGGAAAGGCUCUCUCUGAGAAAAAGCAUACAGUACCUGCUGUCCAAAAACCUCCAGCCUUGCCAAGCUCUAUCAAAUCUCCAAGGUUCAGGAAAGCCAACUACACAUGGGUGGCAAACCCGAGUAAAUCCCCUCAAACUGUGAAAAAAACCUCUGAGAAUGUGCGCAAAGUUCCUGUGAGUUCAGGGGCAGCUGCCAAGCAGCCAAGGGGAGACUUGGGGGCGAAGCAAAAGAAAUCUGGACUUAAUUCGAAGCUUGGGAUUUCCUCCAGCCAAUAUAAAUGGAAGGCAUCCAGUCUUCAGUCUCCUCCUUCCACACUUGCAUCAGCGUUCACGUGGCGGCGCAAGGGUUGUGAUGGGGCUGGAGUCUCUCCCCAUGUGGGAGCCAGCACAUCCCUUCAAACAGUGAGGCGGGUGCCUCUUGGUCAUGGGAACCCCAGGCCAUUCUUUGGAAAUACUGGCUUUUACAAAUUGAAAAGCCGGACUAAAAUCAUCAGGAGAAAGGGAAAUGCCUGCUCCCUGACUGAAAAGAGGAACGUUGGCUUCUCCACCAUGGUCUUAAAAAGCUGCUAUACUCUCAGGAAAAAGAAUUCCCCGCGGGGAAGGUCCUCACCCACAGGCAGGAGAUCUGGGACUAAAGGUCUCAUACAGAUUGGCAAGCACAGGCUGCGUCGACUGCCAGCCUCUCGCACCCAUGCUUUGGCCAAAGAAGGAUCCAGCUUCCUGCUCCUUGCAAACUCCACAGCCAAUAAAGUGGUGAACACUCGCUACAGGAUAGUGAAGAAAACCACAGCUUCUCCUUCCAGUUCUGCAGCAUCUUUCAGCAGCUCUGCUCACAGCUGGAGGACAAGAAGGCUCUCAGCAUCCAGAUCUUUAGUACCUAACUCCACUCGCCAUUCUCCGAUGGAGAGCAAGUCCCAGGCUCUGCAGCAGCGUUGGAGGAACAAAAGCCUCCGUCGAAUUGGAGGAAUCAUGUACAGGGUGUCCGCUAACAAAAUCGCCAAAACCUCCAGCUCUCCGGCCAGAAUUGGUGAAAUCCCUGGCAGGAGCCACACCAGAGCAGGGAGACUGGAUUCUGCAAACAGCUCCUUCAGCUAUUUUUCACCCAGCUGCCCGAGCCGAUCCACUCCAAGUCGCUACAUUGCAAGCCGAGCUGUCCAGCGUAGCUUGGCCAUUAUUCGCCAGGCCAAGCAGAAAAAGGAGAAGAAGAAAGAAUACUGCAUGUAUUAUAACCGCUUUGGCAAAUGCAACCGUGGUGAGAACUGCCCCUACAUCCACGACCCGGAAAAGGUAGCAGUCUGUACAAGGUUCCUACGAGGCACGUGCAAGAAGACCGAUGGAUCAUGUCCAUUUUCACACAAGGUUUCCAAAGAAAAGAUGCCCGUGUGUUCGUACUUCCUGAAAGGUAUCUGCAAUAACAGUGAUUGUCCCUACAGCCACGUCUAUGUCUCCAGGAAAGCAGAGGUCUGCUCUGACUUUUUGAAGGGCUAUUGUCCCUUGGGAGAGAAGUGUAAAAAGAAACACACCCUGGUGUGUCCAGACUUCUCCAAGCAUGGGAUCUGCCCUAAAGGCUCUCAGUGCAAAUUGCAACAUCCCCAGCGGAAGCAUGCGGCUGGACAACCCAGGACCAAAGACGCUUUCAAGAGGGAAUCCUCAGAGCCAAAAUGGGGACACCCUGCAUCACGGACAACCAGAAAGGAGGAGGAGAAGGAAGAAGAAGAAGAAGAAAUAGCAGGACCCUCCAGAUCAGAUCAGGAGGCAAAUGCCUGGCACCCCUGGUCUUUCUCGCAAACCAGCAAGCUUGCCAAACUGCCAUCGUUCAUCUCUCUCCAGUCGCCCCCGACUUCUCCUGACGAAGAAGACCAGAAGCCAGAGAAGGACAGGCAUGGGGAGGAACCAGAAGGUUUACCUUCGCACAUUCUUCCACAGUGAGCACCGGAGUCUCACCUCCUGUGGCUUGGUCAAUCGUCGGCAGGUGAUGGAGGGAUGCCUUUCCAUAUUUCACCUUCGAGUUAAGUAGCUUGCGCCGGAGCAAACGGUCCUUUUCCUGGCCGGCUAAUUGUAAUUGAGCGUGCGCCCGUCGUCCAAUGUGGGGCCCUUCCAAUCGAGUGCUAAUUUAAUUAGAAAGCACCCAUUUUAGUUAAUUUGUUCGAGAAGAUCACUGCAGGCUCCUGGAGAGAACAGAUGUUUCUCUCUCCCCGGAUGAACAUUCUGGGGUUUGUAAAUGGCUCCACUCAGCCUUGUUUAGGAGAGAAAAGAGGAUUUUAUGGUGGCAAACGACCCUUUCUGUAAACAUUUUACAGCUCUCUGCACGUUUGAGUGAGGAUAAACCCCUGGCAACUCGGCGGGCUGCAAAUUUGCGACCAUACGGCCAUCAUUUUAUUGUCAUAUUUCACGGUCGUAACGUUAAUGGAAGAUGCUCGCUCCAGUCUUUUUUAACGGCUCCGCUGAGCACGCUCAAAACACUUUUGCUUUGGAAAAUGCAUGGAAGGUAUGGCCUUUCGGUUUGUGUUUACCGCUUCCGUUUUUGCAGAGAAAUUUUGGAGGACGUCCCCUCAUUCUAACCUCUUCACAACAGAUGCACCAGCAGCAUCCUCACUCAAGUCUCGAGUGGUUUCCUUGGCCACCCAGGAAUGCUUCUGUCCAGUUCAGUCCCUCCACAGGCCAACAGGUAACACCGGCCCAGAGGCUUGAGUUGCCCACUCUGCCAAAUGGCUACUUGGUUACUUGGCUAGAAGUUCCUCUCCUGGUACAGAAAACAUCAAAAGCAGCUGGACUCAGAAUUAGUGAUGUAAAUCUUUCCCUAUUUUGUCCUGGCAUGGAAGGAUGAAUAAUUUCUGUAGUCUUUUCUUUCCAGCUGCAGGAGAAAACGAAUAUUUCUGCACAGUGUAUUUACUGUGAAGCCAGUGUGGCAUAGUGGCCUGAGUGUUGGACUAUGACUCUGGAGACCAG